CAGAAAUUAAAUCAAUCACUGCCAUCACUGCCAUCACUGCCAAACCCAGGUUUUGAAGAGAGAAAAAAAAGAAAAGAAAAAAAAAAAAAAAAAACAUACGCGCACCACUUGGCAGGUCCCAAGUUUGUGCGCUUGCAACCCCAGGAUUUCAAUUGUCAAUUGUCUCAACACAUGACGGCUGUCCGUCAGCGAAUCUAUCACCAUGGGUCCUAGUCGAAAACGGUCUCAUUCGGCCAUUAUAGAUUUAACUGGCGACGACGACUCGACAACCCCAAAUAAACACCCUCGUAACAGACCAUCCUCAAGCACAAGCAAGUCUCGUUCUGGCCAGACAUCCUCGCAAAAUUCAUUAGCCACGUCCAGCCAAGCGCCUUCAUCAACUCAAUUCUAUGAGGUUGAUGACCCGAACUCACGGGCGCUGAAUCAAUCCGAUAACUCUCCUGAGCUGGAGUUGUAUGGCUCACUUGACGUCAGAAUUGUCGGCUGUAGAUACUACAAUGGCAUAGUGUCGCCCGGUGAGCUUACUAUUUGUCGUCGCGAACCGACCAAUCCGCUAACAACUCGCAAGUACGAUGUAAACGCUAUCCGAGUGGACAAUGUCCAAGGGGCCCAGAUUGGUCAUUUCCCCCGCAAGAUUGUAGAGAAGCUGGCCCCUUACAUCGACGCCAAUGACAUUGUCAUUGAAGCCAAAAUCAUGGGCGAGAAAACCGCUUUCGAUUGCCCUGCAAAGAUAUUCGUUUUCGGGACCAGCGAGCCGCUGGCGAGGGCACAACUUGAAGCCAGACUUAAGAACGACAAACUUAUCAAGGCUACGCAGCUCAAGCAGACCAAGCGCGAGUCUGAGCUUCGUCGUCUUCCAUUAAAGAUCACCGGUACCUCAACCCAGUCACUAAAGAACAUGCGACCGGGACAGCAAAAUCCUCUUGAAACCAUGGAGAACCUUAUCGAACAAAGUAAAGUCGUAAAGGCAAGAUCCGGUGACGAUCUCGUGAAGAGCUUCGCAAUGGACGAGGAGGCAUUGUCCGCUUUGCCCUGUGCAGAUCAACCGCAGGAGCUCAAGUCUCAACUUCUACCUUACCAGCUACAAGGUCUUGCUUGGUUAACCAAGAAAGAGAACCCCGAAUUUCCCGAUCGUGGCUCAGACAACAACACGCAACUUUGGAAAGUUGAUGCUCGAGGUCGCUACAGGAACCUUGCCACUGAAUUUACGACUGCUAAGGCCCCUAAGCUCCUAAGCGGCGGCAUACUCGCAGACGAUAUGGGCCUCGGCAAAACGCUACAGAUCAUCAGUCUUAUUCUGACAGGAGGCCCCGGCCCGACCCUUAUUGUGGCGCCUAUGACAGUGAUGUCAAACUGGAGCCAGCAAAUCGAGAACCACGUAUACGAAGAUGAACGACCUAGCGUCUAUAUUCACCACGGUACUUCUCGAAGCAAGGAUCCUGAGGAGGUGGGAAGUUAUGGUGUGGUCAUCACAACGUAUGGCACAAUGACCAGUGAGCGUUCUAGCGGCCCUCUGUCCAAGAUCCAAUGGCGAAGAGUAGUACUGGACGAAGGUCACACGAUCCGAAAUUCCGCCACACACACUGCGGAAGCUGCUUGCGAGCUCAAAGCCACGUCGAGAUGGAUCCUCUCAGGCACCCCUAUCGUCAACAAUAUCCGUGACCUUUAUUCAUCGCUCAAAUUUUUGAAAAUCACCGGUGGCUUGGAGUCAUUGGAAAUCUUUCGUUCAGUUAUUGAGAGAGGUCUUUCCUUCGGAGACCCCCGGGCAGAGAGCCUUCUUCAAGCUUUGAUGGGAGAUCUGUGCCUGAGGCGCAACAAGACUAUGAAAUUCGUAGACCUCAAGCUGCCGCCAAAGACUCACUACGUGCAUCGCAUUGCCUUCACAGAGGCCGAGAAAAAGAAGUACGAUGCACUCUUGUCCGAGGCCAAGGGUGUAUUGGACGACAUCCGCAAUAAUCCACAGACUAGUCAGAACGGCGGAUUCACCAAUGUGCUGGAACGACUUCUACGACUGAGGCAAAUGUGUUGCCACUGGACCCUGUGCAAAGAGCGUGUCAAAGACGUCUUGUCAUUACUCAAAGAACACGAAGUGGUUGACCUUACACCAGAAAAUCGUCAGAUCCUCGAGGAGGCCCUCCGUCUACUUGUGGAGAGCCAAGAUGACUGUGCAGUAUGCCUAGAUACGCUUGAUGAUCCAGUCAUUACUCAUUGUAAACACGCGUUUUGCAGAAAAUGCAUUAUGCAAGUCGUCGAGGUUCAGCACAAGUGCCCACUGUGCAGGACAGAGCUCAGCGAAGACAAGCUCGUCGAGCCAGCCAAGGAAGAUGGCGGCAACUCUGUCCAGGUGGAUGAGUUUGAUGAGUCUGCCGGCUCAUCGAAAACAGAUGCACUGCUCAAAAUUCUUGAUGGGACGCUACUGAAGAAUUCUUCAUCGAAAGUAAUCAUAUUUUCACAAUGGACUUCUUUCCUGAACGUCAUACAGCGGCAGCUGGAGCAUACCACCUAUGGAUAUACUCGGAUUGAUGGCACCAUGAAGCCAGCAACCCGCGAUGAUGCCAUGAAGAAGCUGGAGACAGAUCCGGACACACGUAUCCUACUGGCAAGCUUGGGAGUCUGCAGUGUCGGGCUAAACCUCGUGGCGGCAGACACGGUUAUUUUGGCAGACUCUUGGUGGGCUCCUGCUAUCGAGGACCAAGCUAUCGAUCGAGUCCACAGACUAGGGCAGACCAGACCGACAACAGUAUGGCGACUAGUCAUGGAGGGCACUGUGGAGGAGCGUGUGCUUGAUAUCCAAGGCGAGAAGCGAGACCUCGUCAGCAAAGCCUUUCGGGAAAAAGGGAAGAAGGCCCAAGCCAAGGAAACACGUAUGGCGGACAUCAUGAAGCUUCUCGGCUGAGUGAUGGCGUAAUGUCAUAUUUGUGACUAUCAUUGUGUUUUGACUUACUCGCCUAGUGGACAUAUACGGAGUAUAUGGAGGUUGUCAGAUAUUGCCAUGUUAGCUUUCACAUGUUGCAUAUAAUUUUGGACCACAGGGUUUGAAUUCCGAGGGGAUGACUGAAAAGUCAUGAGAAACAAACAAAUAUUUGCUGCAGGUAACUGACACUCAUUGGGAAAGCUAAUCUAAUUUUAUGUGUUUCUUAGGCUUCCUCGUACAAAUGAACACCCUGCCAGCCCGAUUUGUAGGAGCUGGGAGAGAUCGAGAACACAUAUGCAUAUCUACUGGGGCAUACAAAGCUAUGGGUGAAUUUUAGUGGGGAUCGAAAGUUCUACGUCCGAAGACGGAAGAGAUCGAGAACACAUACGCAUGCAUAUCUACUUUGGGACCUACAAAGCUGUGGAAGAUUUUUUUUAGUGCGGAUUGGAAAGUUCUACGUCCAAAGAUUGAAGAGACUUUAACCCUAAUACCAGUCUAGUCUCUUCAGGGAUCGAAGAGUACCCCUGAGCUUAUUACCUGCAUCUACUGGCUUGAACCCCGAGGACGCGCAAGAUAGGGCCGUACCCAAUAUGGAGUGAAGGAUUAUACGGGAAAGGCUCCGCGUAGAACAUACCCUUUUAGAGGGGGGGGACUGAGAUUAUAGGGCAACCUUACUGAUUCCCGAUAUGGAACAAAGACAUCCGACGACUACGCGUGGGGUUUCAGUAGCUUUUGCAUCUUGAGAGACUUUUAUUGGAACCAAUCCUACGGUGACCUAUGGGGUAAAACAAGUAGCAACAGACAAUUAGCUUUUGCUGCGAGUCAGGUUCAAAGAAAGUUAAGACGACAGAUGAAGUACAUGCCUACCUUACCUGACUGGGUAGGGCCAUUGUGCUUUCUUUCAUCAAAUCAAUGACACUCUUGGCGACUUCAUGUGCCCCGAGAUAACUCGAGGGGCUAAAUACCUGGCAACAUCGUGGCAAUGGAGUCAGAGCGGAGGCAGCAGCUUAG